GGUCGCUUCUGAAGUGGCAGGGAAGAGAAGCAAGGCUGUGCCAUGGCUGACACGAGGCGACUUCUUGUCUCCACAGGUGUCUGGUGAUGUGGGACCCCACCCAGCAGUAGCAAUGCAGAGCCUCUUCCUGUGCCUGGAUCUCAAGGCUGCGUGUGUAAACCGGAAGGAGGGGAAGCAGGAAGAGAACUGGGUGCGUCCUCGGAGAGCUCCACAUCUUGGUAGCCCUGGUUGGUGAUACAGCCUCUGCCCUGCUCUGGAGUCUGGCCGCAGGGACUCUGCUGAUGUGCCCAGCGCCUUCCUUCGCUUGUGCUUAAAUGGCACAGCCUGGGGUCAGCACAUCUGAAGAGAGAGGUGUGAGAGGCAAAGCCCAUGGCCACGUUCCCCUGCCAGCUAUGCGGCCAGACAUUCCUCACCCUGGAGAAGUUCACUGUCCACAACUAUUCCCACUCCAGGGAGCGGCCUUUCAAGUGCUUGCAGGCUGACUGUGGCAAAGCCUUCAUUUCCAGAUACAAGUUGACGAGGCACAUGGCUACCCACUCUCCCCAGAAAUCUCACCAGUGCGCUCACUGCGAGAAGACGUUCAACCGGAAGGACCACCUGAAGAACCACCUCCAGACUCACGACCCCAACAAGAUGGCCUUCGGGUGCGAGGAGUGCGGGAAGAAGUACAACACCAUGCUGGGCUACAAGCGGCACCUGGCCCUGCACGCGGCCAGCGCCGGGGACCUCACCUGCGGCGUCUGCGCCCUGGAGCUGGGGAGUACCGAGGUGCUGCUGGACCACCUGAAGGCCCACGCGGAGGAGAAGCCGCCCAGCACCGCCAAGGAGAAGAAGCACCAGUGCGACCACUGCGAGCGCUGCUUCUACACCCGGAAGGACGUGCGGCGCCACCUGGUGGUGCACACGGGCUGCAAGGACUUCCUGUGCCAGUUCUGCGCGCAGAGGUUCGGGCGCAAGGACCACCUCACGAGGCACACAAAGAAGACGCACUCGCAGGAGCUGCUCAAGGAGAGUCUGCAGGCCGGGGAGCUCCUGGGCACCUUCCACCCCGUGUCGCCUUCCUUCCCGCUGAAGGCCGCGGCGCCGUCUCCCUUCCCGCCGGGCUGCCCCUGCCGCCCAUCCCGCAUGUGUUCACGGCCGGUGCCAGCACCGCCAUCCUGCCGCACUUUCACCACGCCUUCAGAUGACUGGCCGCCGGCUCAGGGGAGCACCGCGUCCCUUACUCCGGAACUGCUCACCAAAGGCAUUUUCUAA